ACGGUGGCCGGCAGGCGCGGGGAGGGGUAGGGGUCGGCCAUGGAGCAAGGAGAGGCUGCCUCGCCGCCGGCGGCUGAGGAGAAGGGUGGGGAGGAGGAGGAUGACUUCGGCUACCGGCUCUUCCCGGACCGGAACAAGAAGCCGCAGAGCUUCCUGGUCCGCAGCUUCUUUACCUUCCACAACAGGUGCCAGCUGAUGCUGAGGAUGACCCUGGAGACGAAUCCAUAUGCUCAACUUCUUCUUGAGGCUAUGAAGCAAUCUGGUUGCACUGUCUUCAAUGACCGGCACUUUUCUUGUGAAAACUGUGAUGGCUGUGUCAGUGGAGGUUUUGAUUCUGCCACAUCUCAGAUUGUUCUGUGUCAGAACAACAUUCGCCAGCAAUCCCAUAUGAACCGGGUGGUCACACAUGAAUUGAUUCAUGCUUUUGAUCACUGCCGUGCACAUGUUGACUGGUUUAAAAAUGUCAAACACUUAGCAUGUUCAGAGAUUCGAGCUGCUAAUCUCAGUGGAGACUGUACACUGAUGAAUGAAAUAGCCAGGUUUAAAUUUGGAUUGAAAGGACACCAUCAGACUUGUGUACGAGACAGAGCAAUUCGUUCCAUUCUGGCUGUUAGAAAAGUUAGCAAAGAAACGGCAGAAAAAGCUGUGGAUGAAGUUUUUGAUGCCUGCUUCAAUGAUCUGGAACCUUUUGGAAGAAUCCCACACAGUAAAACAGAUGCAAAACGUGCUUAUAGAGACUUUCAGAACAGAGAUCGCUAUAAUGCUAAUUUGUAACGGAAAAAAAUGUGAAAAAUUAUUUUAAUAUCUGAUUGUUCUGUAACAUCUGGAGUUACAGUCUAAGCACACAGUGCUGGCGGAAAGGGCAAUUCUAUCAAAUGUAUCAAUGAAUUUUGUAAACUUUUUCCAGGAGCCAACUUCCAUGGAAGUACACAAAGUAAACGAAAAAGACUAAAAGCCGUAUUUCCUCACUUCUUGUUCCAGGAAGAUAAUUUAGUACAUCAAAUAAUGAUGUGCACGUUUAAUUCUGCUCAGUCUGACUAGGAACUGGUUUCUGAAAGUUUUAUUGUUACUGAAUAAAUCUUUUCAUAAAAUCUUUAUGUUUCCACCAUCUUUGAUACGCAGUCAUAAACUUGAUGAUUUUCCUCACUCUGUUUUAAAAGGUGGGCACCUGACCUGCAGCUCUGGGGUCUAGAUUUAAUAACUAUGGCUAAACCCAAAAUUGAAUAAACUGCCACAUUUGUUUUUGAGGACCUCCUGAAAUUUGUGGAAUUCCAGCUCAUCUAAUGUUAACUUACAUGUAUGUAACACCGUUUGGCUUUUUAGCAGUUCGACUGACAAUUCUGCUUGCCAUAUCAAACCCACAAGCUAGGUAAGCAUUGGUGAGAGUGUCCACCAGGUUGAGCUUUGCUCAAAAUGUUGGUGUAGCUUAUGGUCUUCUUCCUGUACUUGUUAGGUGGCUAAGUUCAUCAGAGGAAAGCAAGAAGCUGCUAGCUUCAUCCUAAGCCUGAGAGAAGCUGUCUCAUUCCUCCAUUAUCUCUAUAUAUAAGGUAUUAUUGUCAUGGAUGCAAGAGAACCACAUUUUCCUCUCUUUCUUGAAAUUAAAGGUGCGAUUCAACCACAGGUAUGGUUCAGUGAUGUAAUGGAGAUGUGGCUCCCCAGUCAAAGGUUUGUAGGCAUAGCUGCCGUAACAGUUGGUGGAUCCAGACUCAAGUGUGAAAUUUGGUUCCAGAAAAGAUGAAAUGAUGCCCUGAUUGUUACUGUUUCAUAGCAAGUGCAAAGCAUUUGAGACAGGUUUUCAACUUCAUAGGAUGUCAAGAUCUGAGUAGUGGUAGUGGUGUCAGUUUUCCUGUUUGCAACUGCAAGAACAGAAUUGCUGAGGUUAGCGGGGACCUGUGGAGACACUACUGUUUCAACCACACUGCACAGAGCCUGGUCAACUAAAGCAUGUUCCUGAGGCACAUGUGUAGUUGGGUUUUGAAUAUCUCCAAGGAUGGAAACUACAGCCUCUCAGGAUAACCUGUUCCAGUGCUUGAUCACCCUUGCAGGUUGGUUUGUUUGGGGUUUUUUUCCUCCUUAUGUGUAAAUGGAGUUUCCUUUAUUUCCCUUUGUGCCAAUGUCCUCUUGUCCUUUCUUUAAGCACCACUGAGAAGACUGUGGCUCAGUCUUCUCUUCUUGCCCCAUCAGGUAUUUAUGCACAUUGAUAAGAUCUCACUGAACUUUCUGUUCUCUAGCCUGAAGAGUCCUAGCUCUUGGUCUGUCUUUGUAGGUCAGAUGUUCCGAUCCAUUUAUCGUCUUCAAGGCAAUUUGCUGGACUCGCUCUAUGUCCAUGUCUCUUUUGUACUGGGAAGCCCAGAACUGGACCCAGCACACCAGAUGUCUCGCCAGUGCUGAGCAGAGUGGAAAAUCACCUCCCUCAGCCUGCUGGCAACUCCUCCUAACACAGCUCAGGAGGCUGUUGGCUUUGUUUGGUGCAAGACUGUGUUGCUUGCAUACAAAUUGGUGUCCACCAGCACUGCCAGGGCCUUUUCUGCCAAGCUUCUUUCCAGCUACCUGAUUAGUCCAUGUUGUGUGCUGGUACCUGUUGUUUUUCCUCCCCAGGUGCAGGAGUUGGCAUAUAUAUCCCUUUGAACUUGAUGGGGCUUCUCUCUGCCAUGUCGAGGUCCCUCUGAAGGGCAGCACAAACCUCUGGUCUAUCAGCCACUCCCCCCAGUGUUGUAUUGUCUAUAUACUUGCAGAAGUCACGCUACUCCUAUCUUCCAGGUUGUUAAUGAAGAGGUUAAAUAGCCUUGGCCCUGAUACCAACACCUGAGGUAUAUUACUAGUGUCUGGCCUCAUUGUGUGUAAGUCCUAGACAUGGUUAGAGAAUCAGCAUGGACUUGGGAACAUAUCAGCUAAAUAGUUUGCAUACCUGCACUCUGGAGAUUUAAACAGUUUGAAAAUAUCAAUGUGAAUUGUUCUGUUCACUUACCUUAAGUGUCAGAAAACCAUUCCAGGUUUAAUUUAUUGCUGUAGGUGCAACGAUAGGUCAAGUACCUGGAACCUGGGCCCUAAGCACAGGAAUCUGCUAAUCAUGUUUUGUUCGCAUUGAAUUCAGUCAGGCAAGAAACCCUGUCUGCUCUGCUACUUGUUGAGUUAAAACUAUCUGGAAAU